GCUUUGCUUCACCAACCUACAAAAUGAGGCAAUUCACAAUAAUACGAGCUCUCCUGCUGGAGCUCCUCCUCUGCUACCUCUGCGCAGCCGAAUCCAUACGCGCCAUCUACCUCUUCAAAGACGUCCUGAAGUCCAACACCACCGCGCUAACCAGCUCCGGCUUCAACGCCGUCAUCAUCUUCGGCGUCGGGAUCCUCGAGAACGGCGACAUCAUGUACUACUCGAACACCCCCGGCAGCAGCGACGUCCUGGUCGCCUCGAGCGGCGGCUACGUCGGCGGGUCCGCGCUCUCCGAGAAGGUGCGCUCGUUCAAGGAGCAGGCCGGCACGAGCAUCACGCGCGUCGAGAUCUCGAUGAACGCCCAGCACGUCAGCGACCUCAUGCGCAGCCCGGGGCCGGGCGCCGACACGAACGUGCACCGCAACUUCGCGGCGCUGCGGGCGGCGUGGGGCCUCGACGCCGUCAACAACGACGACGAGUCGCUCUACGACGUCGCCGGCACCGUCGCCUUCGCCAAGAUGCUCGGCGCCAUCGGCUACCGCUACACGAUCGCGCCGUACACGAACUCGCGCUUCUGGGUCGACGUCAAAACGCAGGUGAACGGCGGGCACGCGGAGCCGGACUGGCUGCUCGACAGAGUGUACCUGCAGUGCUACGAUGGCGGUGCCGGGAACGAUCCGGCGGGGUGGCAGACGACGCUGGGGAUGAAGGUGGUCCCGCUGAUUUGGGUCACGAAUGACUCGAAGCCGUCGCAGGGCACGACGGCGACGCAGGCGAGGUCGAAGUUUGCGGGCUGGAACUCGAGGAGUGUGCUGGCGGGGGGCGGGUACUGGAAUGAUUAUGAUAUUGAGAAGAUGGGGUUGUCGUAUGCGGAGUACGGCGGUGUUUUGACGACUAUAUUUCCAUGA